CCCAAUUCGUUUUUGUUGUGAUGAUUUUUAAAUGUUUUUAUUUUUAUUUAAUUAAUAUACAAAUAAAACUAUGGCCGAUGCUUUAUUGAAUAAAAUAAUAAACCAAGAAAUACCUACAAAGUUAUUCAUUAAGUGGCUUUUGAAAGCGGUUCCUGAGAAUGAAGAUGAUUUCAAUGAUAUUUCCAGCUUUAAUGUGGGGCAAAUCGAUUUUGCCACCUAUUUUUUGAAUUUCAUACAUGAGGAAGUACCAUGUAAAAAUAAAUUAUCGGACACUCCUAACAAGCUCAAUACUCCUAAGCACAUAGAGAAAGUGCAAAAUCCUACUCCAAAAGAUGCCCAUAAAAUAAUCAAAGUAAACUUAUUUAAUGCUCAGCCAACAGAUCAAAGUCCUUGCUCAGAUAAAUCAUUGGUGGAACAGCAUAAAACUCCAAUUAAAACCUUUUAUUCGCCAGGAAAUAGAAAUGACAGUAGCUGCUUCAGCCCUAUUUCGCCCCUAUAUCAAAAUCCUAAAGAAAUUAAGCAAACAAGAAGAUCCGUUGACAAAUAUACGUUUUCGCUAGGAGACUUUCUCACAGCACCUAGAAAUAGUUCAAAAAAGAAAAGGCAAAGCCUAGAAUCUAUAGACACAAAAAAGGAAACAUCUCGUAGAAUAAACCCUACAAAUAUUUGUCCCAAACAAGUAAACAGUGGAUUUCAAAAAACUGAAAAUAGUUUUAAUUUUCAAAAAAAUACAGAAGUUUCUAAUAAUGUAGCGAUAGAACAAAGAAAUUUACUUCUAGAGGAAAAGCAAAAGAUUUUGUCUCGUAGAGACAGCAUAGAAAACACUAGCCAUCCUCUAAUAAAGAUAAGACAUAAUAGCUCAACUAAUUCAGACAUUAAGCCAAUGCUUAGCUUAGUAACUUAUAAAAACAAUAUAAAUAAUGUUGUAGAUAUUUAUAAGACAAUUUUAGAUAACAAUUUAGUUUUAAACAUCACUAGUGAAAUUUAUUUUUUAAUUUCUUUAGUUUUAAGCAUACAGCUUGAGUUUGAAAAUUUAGGAGUUGAAGUUUUGGAACCUAAGAAUAGUCUAUGUAAUUCGGAAAUUUUUAAAACUGCGCACAAUGUUUUAUAUUUUGCCGUUAAAAGUCUAGAAACCCAAAUUAGAAUUAUACAAUUUUAUGAUAAAACAACAAUAAGAUUAUUAGCUGAGAAUGAAAGGGUUCGUGAAUUUUGUCCGGGUUUAUCCAAAAGACUAUUGACAUAUUCGGAAAAAAAGGCUGAAUCGGCUUGUAUUGAACUGAUAACUGACAGUUCUCAAAGUAAUGUGUGUUUUAACAUUGAUACUGACAACAAAGAAAAUUUUCCUGAUCAAAUAAGUUUUCACGCAUUUAAAAAACAACGCGAUUUGUUUUAUGAGAUUUUGAGAGUUUGGGAAACGCAUCAUUUGGAAAAAGAUUGGAUCUUUUCGUUAGGGCUUGAAAGCAGGAUUAGAAGUUUAUUCAAGUUUCACGCUGGACCUACAAAUUAUGCACACUUAGCCAGGUUGUUUAAGAAUCAGCUUUUAAGUAGUUGUGCUAGAGGGCCAAAGGAAAAGGGUCUUUCAGAAAGCAACCUCUCAUUUCUGCCUCAAUUGUCGAUAGAUGCAGAUAAGCUUAAUAGAUUAACAAGUCGUUUGGUGACUAAACAAGUUUCCAAUGGUAUUAAUGCCCCUCCAGUAUUCUCAGGCUAUCAAGAGUUCUUCAAGGAGUUUAUAGUUGUGUCUGGAAAUUGUUUUUUCCAUAAGCAUUUGUGCGAUAUUUUUGUUUCCGAUAUUGUUGAACUUAAUGAUACCAAGUUUUCUGGUACAGAAUUAGAAGACGAGAGUAACGAAGUAGAUGAAAAUACUAGACAAUUAUACAUAAAUUGUAUUAAAGAUUUAAGAAUAUUAGCAAAAUUUUUAGGAUUUAUUGAAUCACUACCUUACCAGUUUGAUAAUGUUAAUUUACCAAAAAAUGUUUUACAAUCUCAAGUUAAGACUAGACAACAGACAAUCCCAGCUCUAAACAUCAAAUGCCUACUAGAAUUAUCCAUAGAAAAACACACGGUAGUUUUUAUUAUACCUUGGCUGACGAAAUAUUUGGCAAUGUUAGACUAUGUCACUCUACGAUUGCCUUACUACACCACAGUCAAUUGUAUAUUAUUUCAAUUAUAUCAGAAUUACAACAGUAAAGAACAGUCGCAAUCUAACGCCGCCCUAGUCAAGUUUUGUCUAGGUUGGCUAUUUGAGCUACCCCAUUUUCCUGACAUUGAAUACUAUAAUUUUUGCAUAAAAAAUCCCAAAAUUGAUAGACAUUUAAAUGGCAACAAAAAAUUGAAAAGUUACUUUUUGGAUGAUAAAGCUAUAGCGAAUCAAAGUGUUUUGUCUCUGUGUUGUCCGUUUUUGGGAGAAAUCAAGAAAAUAUUGUUAAUGAAUGGUCCUGGAAGUAAAGUUGCUGUAAAGUAUAUUACACCUGUGACUGCUGUGGAAUCUCAUACUGAGAUGGGUAGAAAAAAGUUAGAGCAACAAUUAGAAGAAGCUUUCUUCAGUGGCCAAUCAACAUCUUUGAGAAAAACAAUAGAAUUUGUUAGUGAAAGAAUUGCUUCGACAGCAGUUAAAUAUAUUUGUCACGAUUUAGUUCCUAAAGCCAAAGAAGAAGCCAAUAAGGAAUUUAAAGGGACAUUGCUCAAAAGUGAAAGUGAUGAUAGUAUUAAUGACGGAGAACAAAAAAAGACUCUUCUCAGAAUGCAAGCGACUGCUCUAGCUCAAACCCAUCUGUCUCGAUUUUUGGAAAACUGCGACGAAGAAGUACAAAAAAUAUCUCGACAAAAAAUUCCAGUUUGUAUUGACAGUCUACUGCCAGUGGAUGCGCUGGAAGAAACUAAAAAAGUUUGCACUGGAAUCACUGAGAAAAUGUAUUCGGAGCGAGUGAAACAAUGGUUAAAUAGUCACGUUAAUUUGAAUGUGUUUACUAAGGAUUUUGAUGGGGAAAUUCAAAGGAAACUCACUAAUGGACGAAGAAUUGAGAAAGAGAAAAUCGCUUGUGUACUUCCAGCUGGUGGCAGAGAGUGUGACCACAAUGAUGAAACUUUGAGUGGAUUUCAUUCUCUCAACAAUGUUAGGGAAGCUUGCUGUAUACUUAUAGAAACCAACAGUAUCGACAAAUAUUUUGUGAUAAACCUCCUGCAACAAACUUAUAAUUCAUUGACACAAAGAAAUGAUCUCAGCGAUAUGAUUUCAGUCACUAUAUGUGUUACUGUUUUUGAUUUUUGUUUAUUAAUAGCUUCUAAAGUUCCUUCAAUUUUAACCCAAGAACUAUUAGAAUAUUUUGUCAAUAUUUGGGCUUUACAGCUAACAUCAAAUUCCCAUUUUAAGGCUUUAUUUUGUCAAAGAAAUGUAAAACUGCUUCAAGAUUCGUACAAAAAAAGAGAUUCGUGGGAUGUAUUCGCUAGAAUCGUUUCCUGCCUUUUUAAUAACAAUCUAAUUGACAAAGAAGAGCUUGAAUCUCAGUGUACUGGAUUUUAUAAUCGGGAUUGGGAUGAGGAUACUUUGAAGAACUUUUCGUAUUUUCUUAAAAAGCUUGUGGACUAUAGUAAUAGUACAGAAAAUAGGUUCACUUUUCUUUUAGACUUUUUAUCUAACUUUUGUGUAGAUUUAUAAUUUAUUUAUAAGCCUCAUAUUUAUAUUUACUUUAUGUUUUUUUUGUAUAUGUGUUAUUGUGAUAAUUUGACUAUUUAUUUUUUGAUAAAUACAAGGAUAUUAAAUUAGAACAGUUUUUCAAUUUUGUGAUUUAUUUUUAUUUAAAAAAGAAAAUAUAAAAAUAGUGCUUUCACAGAACAAUCAAAAUUUCAAUCAUUACAGGCUCUUGAUUUGCUGAACAACUGUUUUAGAGACAAUCAAAGGCCGGUAAUGAUCAAAAUUUGGACUGAUACAUUUUCUCUUUAAAAAAUGCCCAGCAAAUCAAGAACCAGUAAUAAUCAAUCAACUAUUUGGGGUCUUUGAUUGGCCUUGGAAAAAUAAUUCAGCAAAUCAAUAAACCAGUUACAAUCAAAAUUUGAAUCCAUUACAGGCUUUUGAUUUGCUGAAUCAAUCAAGAGCCGGUGAUUAUCAAAAUUUCGACUCAAAACUUAGAUUUUGUAAUUUGUUGGCACCAAAACGGUUCAUCAGUUCUAUCUAAGCAGUCUGGCUUAUUGUCACACAUUUUCUCUUUCGGGAUACAUUGCCCGUUUGUGCAAGGGAUAUAGUUUUCUUCACAGAAAAUAUCUAAAAAUUGAACAAUGUGAUUUUUUUUUAAAUAUAAAAU